AUGGCUUCCAUUAUUCUCUUAACCCUCAUGUCUCUCAGCCUUAUUCAGCUCAUGCCAUACCAAGCCAUCGCUGAUCCCACAGAUGGGUUCACUUCCCUUUCGUUGGGUUCAUCAAACUUUAUCAUCCAUAAGCCCUAUGACGUAUCAGUAAGUGACCGAUAUAGCUUCCAAAAUGGCAUCCACAAGCUGUGGGUUUACUCUACCGACAAGCCUUUCAUGCCUGGUAGCAACACUAAACCCAGGACUGAGGUCCGCAUUCAGGGCUAUGACUACACUUCCGGUGUCUGGCAAUUUGAAGGAUAUGCAUACGUGCCAUCAGGCACAACUGGUGUGUCCAUAAUGCAAGUAUUUGGAGGCACUAGUGCUGCCACAACCAUGAUGCUUAGAGUCUACAAUGGUGCAUUAUCUUACUACAGGACUCCAAUUGUCCAAAACAUCUAUAAUAGAUGGUUUAGAGUCAACGUAAUCCAUGAUGUUGGUGCCUCAAAAGUCAAGGUCUACAUUGAUGGGUCAUUGGUGCACCAAGCAAAUGGGAAUGGGGCUUCGUCUCAUUACUUCAAAUUUGGAGUUUAUACACAAGAUAGUCCCUCUAAUUAUAUGGAGUCUCGUUGGAGGGGAAUCAAGGUUCUAAGGAAAUAG